AUGGCCGAUUACGGGAACCAACAGCGGCCAGACUUUGCGCGCGGUCCGGGCCCUGGACAGCCCGCAGGCGCAAGGGAAACCGCCUUUACAAACAUCUUCGGCGCCAACCCUGCCAUGGCUGGCCGCUCGCAGACGAUGACUUCGCAGUCCCAUCCGCGCAUGAAUGAUCGGGCUGCUACAAUGUCCAGCCAGACGGCUGACAUGAUGCAGCGCGCCCCGCCAAUGCGUCAGCCUGUCAAUGGCUACGAUCGACGCCCUCAACCGCCGUACGAUGGGCGCACGGGACCCGGCUUCGGGGAGCAGCGCCCCAUGGAUCCGCAGAAUGGCUACAACCGCCCCGUGCAGAACGGUUACGGCCCAAAUUCGCGAUAUCCUGAAGCGCAGCAGCCACAACAACAGCAGCCGCAGCAGCAGCAGCAGCGCCAGCCGCAGCCACAGUACUUGCCACAACCCCUUCGCCCUGAGCGCCAGCCAUACGGCCAGCCCCAGCGGUUUGACCCCCGAACGCCUGUCGGUCAGCCCCCGUACAACAAACCCAUCCCUAAUCGCUUUCCCGGCCCUCCGGGUCCUGCUAUGAACGCAGACCCGUACCGCUCACAAUCGCUAGCACUGAACCCGCGUCCACAAUUCACCCCUGGCGGUCCGUCGCAUCCAUCCCAGGCCAACACGUUCCGUCAACAGCCAUACAUGAACCACAUGGCAAGAACGACAGCCCAGGGCCGAGUGGUGCCGGAGCGCCCUGAUGAGCGGACCAUGUCCAUGACCUCGUAUACACGAGACCCCGAACACACGCAGACCAUGAGUGGAAGAAUCAUACCAAGUCGAAGACGAGAAUCGGGCGGGAAUGACAUGGUACCGCCUGGCCACCCUCAGGAUAGGGGACUGCCACCAAAUCCCAGAAGUGUCAGCCAGGGCAGCAUGCCAAACCAGUCACAGAGCCAGUCGCGGACCAUGUCCAUGGCAUCCACUAUUGUGCCUCCCUCGGAGCGUACCAGCACCAUGUCUUCCAUGAGCUCGCGUCCUGAUUCCACCCAAACCAUGGGCAGCAACUCCAGCAACAACAGGACUUCUAACCAGUCGAUGAAUUCAUUGACACCUAGCGGUCAACAAGCGCCCGCCCAGCGACGCGCGCCUCUAGUCUAUCCCGCCCUCUUGUCUCGAGUCGCAGAAACCUUUCAGGAUAGAGUGGGCCUUACAGAGAAAGAGAAGGACGGCCUCGUGUACAAGCAGGCUUUCACUGGCGCGGAUGCUGUCGAUCUCAUCUCGUUUAUCAUCAAAACGACGGAUCGCAAUCUAGCGCUGCUCCUCGGCAGGUCUCUGGACGCGCAAAAGUUCUUCCAUGACGUGACAUAUGCCCACCGAUUGCGCGACUCAUCCAAUGAGAUUUAUCAGUUCCGCGAGACCAUGGUCGAGGACAAGUCGGAGAUUAAUGGUGUCUUCACUCUCCUCACAGAGUGCUAUUCUCCUACAUGUACUCGUGACCGUCUUUGCUAUUCCAUUGCGUGUCCCCGCCGCCUGGAGCAGCAAGCUCGUCUCAACAUGCGCAUUCAGCCUGGUCUCAAACGCGAGGAGUCUAGGGCAAGUUUGCACGAAGAAAAAGAUAAUGAAGAACAGAAGUUGUGGAUCAACACUGUUCCAAAAGAGAUUUCCGACAGCGUAUCUGAGAAGGAGCAGAAGAGGCAGGAGGUCAUUUCUGAACUCAUGUACACCGAGCGCGAUUUCGUAAAGGAUCUCGAGUACCUCCGAGAUUUCUGGAUGAAGCCCCUGCGCAACCCGGCAACAUCGCCUAUCCCCGAGCACCGUCGCGAAAAAUUCGUCCGGACUGUAUUCUCAAACUGUCAAGAGGUUUACAUGGUGAACUCCCGUAUGGCCGAGCAGCUCACCAGGCGACAGCAGAAGGAAGCCGUCGUUCGGAAUGUUGGAGAUAUCUUCUUGGAAUAUGUGCCGCAUUUUGCGCCAUUUAUCAAGUACGGUGCCAACCAGCUCUUCGGUAAGUACGAGUUUGAGCAUGAGAAACGCACAAAUACUGGCUUUGCCAAGUUUGUGGACGAAGUAGAGAGGAUGAAAGAAUCGCGAAAGCUGGAGCUGAACGGUUAUCUCACCAAACCAACAACGAGAUUGGCUAGGUACCCGCUACUCUUGGAGAAUAUUGUCAAGUACACAGCAGACGACAAUCCUGACAAGGAAGAUAUUCCCAAGGUCAUCAAGAUCAUCAAGGAAACUUUGUCCAAGGUCAAUGUUGAGUCUGGAAAGGCGGAGAACCAUUUCAACCUGAUGCAGCUCAACAAGGAUCUCAAGUUUAGGCCUGGCGAAUUUGUCGACUUGAAGUUGACCGACGAGAACCGACAGCUGGUUUUCAAGGGCACGCUGAAGAAGACCCCGACCGAAACUACUGGCGACAUUACUUGCUACCUCUUUGAUCAUGCAGUCCUACUGGUACGCGCAAAGACUGUGAACAAACGCGAAGAGCAAAAGGUUUACAAGAAGCCUAUACCGCUCGAGCUAUUAGUAAUCACUCAGAUGGAGGAAGUCAAUCCCAAGCUAGGCAUCGCAAAACGCCCGUCAGCAAACUUGAUCGCAGGCAAAGCCAUUGCCGCUGCAACACCAAGAAACAACGAUCCCAAGCAACAAGGAUACCCCAUCACAUUCAAGCAUCUCGGCAAAGGCGGUUACGAGUUGACGCUAUUUGCCAGCACCCCCAUUUCGCAGCAAAAGUGGAUGGAGCACAUUGACACACAGCAGCGAACCUUGAGAGAACGUAGCAACAUCUUCACAAAGACUAUUGUCAACGAAGGUUUCUUCUCUCCGACUAUCAGAGUCACGUGUGCUGUCCCUCUCGAUGGUGGACGCAAGCUGGCCCUGGGUACGGAUGCUGGUGUCUAUGUUGUGGAACGGAAGCCGAAAGAUGCCUCGAUACGGCCGCGUCGUGUGCUGGAUUGCAAGGGCGUUACCCAGAUUGAAGUCCUGGAACAACACGCCAUUGUGCUUGUCUUGGCCGACAAAACUCUUUACUCAUACUCUACCGAUGCCCUGGAGCCCGACGAGUCACAAGCAAUGGUCAAGCGGCCACGCAAGAUUUGCCACGCCAACUUUUUCAAGGCUGGCAUUUGUUUGGGACAACAACUAGUUGCCGCUGUCAAGACAUCCGCGCUCUCGACCACGAUCAAGGUGUACGAACCAAAGGAACAGAUGGGCAACAAGAACAAAAAGUCUGGCUUUGCGAAGAUGAUGCUCUCUACGGGCGGCGCAGAUCAACUGAAGCCUUACAAGGAGUUUUACAUUCCUACCGAAUCCACAUCGAUACACUUCCUGCGGUCCAAGCUUUGCGUUGGCUGUGCGCGUGGAUUUGAAGUGGUCAGUCUCGAGACGCUCGAAACACAAUCGCUUCUUGAUCAGGCCGAUACAUCGCUCGACUUUGUCGUGCGGAAAGAAAACAUCAAGCCCAUUCACAUCGAGCGCAUGGGAGGAGAAUUCUUGCUUUGCUACACCGACUACUCGUUCUUUGUCAACCGCAAUGGCUGGCGGGCACGACCGGACUGGAAGAUUACCUGGGAAGGCACGCCCCAGGCUUUCGCAAUCUUCAACCCUUACAUUUUGGCUUUCGAGCCUAGCUUCAUCGAAAUCCGACAUAUGGAGAGCGGUGGUCUGGUUCACAUUAUUACAGCCAAGAACAUAAGAUGGUUACACACAUCAACAAGAGAGAUACUAUACGCGUACGAAGAUGAAAUCGGUAACGACGUGAUUGCAAGCCUGGACUUUUGGCAAACAGGAAAUGGAGGAAAGCAAUCCCUCGAUACCCAGCGGUCCUACGAAAAGAGCUAGAACUUGCCCACCCAACAAUAAGAUUCAGCAAGUUUUCAUCAUUUCACAAACAUUCGAGAGCUUCUUUCAUCACGUUACCGAGUACACCAAAUUCGAGGCAUCCAAUCCCCACAGUCGCAGAAGAGCUGGCAAAUGAACCCCUACCAUUACCCGUACCUGCUCCACGUUUCCAUCCUGCCGACGGCUAACAGGGAUAAUGAUCAAAGAGAAUCGGCCACAGAAAAGCUGGGCUAAACCGAGCCGCGGCGGGACCGGUGGUUGUUAACGAUGGAAUGUUGGCCUUUUUUUAUAACAAAUCCUUUUUUCAUCUCUCUCUCUCUUGCUCCCUUUUUCUACCUUUCUACUGCGAACUUGCCGAGUUUUUUCUCUUCCAAAAUCAGGAUAGGAGAGUUAUCUUUGUAUCAUACUAGAAUUUUUAGCGAGCGGCGAUUUGUUUGUGGGUUUUUCUGAGAAUAUGUGAUGGGGAUUUUGUUUUCUGGCUUUGGAAUUGGGGUGUAUGUGCGUGUGUCUGUGGGGAAUGAUGGAUGCCGUGUGUCUGCUGUGUGCUGUGUGCUGUGUGUGUAGUGCGAAAGCUCGGAUCUUGAGAUGUAAUUGAAGAAGCGAUUUAGCG